CUUUCACUUUCUCUCUCUAUCUCUCUUUUCUUUUUCCUUUUUUCUUUUUCUGCUCGGACUUUCUCUGAACCUAUGGAGGACAAAAUCACUGUCGCAAGCAGAAACAUCAACUGAGAAAACGAGAGAGAUAGAGAGAGAGAGAGUGUGUGUGUGUGUGUGUUUUGGAGUGAUCACAUGAGAGCAGAGAGUAAUGGAGGGAGCAGAAGAAGAGCUAGAGAGAAGAAGCAAGUUUCUACAUAGUUUGAUAGAGAAGAAGAAAGCGACGGAGCAGAAAACGCAAAAUGAGAGCCUCAACGUCCGAGUGAGGGCUUCCGACAUGCCUGUCCCUUUGCAGAGCCGCGCUUUCCGAUGCGCCCGCGAUCACCUCGACUCCAUGCCCGGCAAGCUCGACAGUAAACGCCUCGCUCUCGCUCUUAAGAAGGAAUUUGAUUCAACGUAUGGUCCAGCUUGGCACUGCAUUGUGGGAACAAGCUUUGGUUCAUACGUUACACAUUCUCUAGGAGGCUUCUUGUAUUUUUCAAUUGACAAGGUCUAUAUCCUGCUUUUCAAAACUGCCGUUGAGCCUUUGGAACAUUAAUUCAUAGUGUCUACAAAACAAAUGUCGUUUCUAUGCUUGUCUGUUUGAUUGUGACUCUUUACAGAUCUCAAAUACCAUUUUAUUUGUAAGAUUAUAAACUGAAACGUUUACAAAACAUCUGUUUGUUUCUCGUUUAUUACUCACCAGUUUGUGACCACUUUGAAAAAUCAAUCUUGAUA